UCCAGACUAUUAAUGAUGGCGGGCAGCACUGUUAGGAUCUUCAGCAUCACCAAGUCGUAUGCCCUACACCAAGUCUGUCCGAACAGUCUUUUCUUAUCUACCGAUGCUCAUAUGAAUGCAAGACUAUACUGUGAAGCUCGAAACUUGAAAAUUCAAAACCAAAAUUCACCUUUUGUUUCCUUUACAACAAUGCAGUGUCCAAACAACGGGAAACUAACAAAACCUUUCCAUUCAAAUGACUCCAUGGUGUGGGGAAAUGGUUCUCGCCUGUAUCUGUCGAAGUUACGGUGUUCUUAUUUCAGUACAAUGUCAGGUAGCCACAACUACCAGAUCAGUAUUGGCGGUUUCCCUCAUGCUAUGUUGAAUAUGCCAAACAAGGAACAUAACUACGUGUUAAACAGUAAGCGAAUUAACAAUUACAAAGUCUGGUCAGUCUUUGCGACCAGUCGACCGACCUGUUCAAGUAUUUCGAGCAAUGGGCUUCUCCGUUCAAACGUUUCCACUAAUCAACAUGGUCGUGCCAACAAACUGCUUGGCUUUACAAACUUUUCUGAAAAUGUAUUUGUUCGUGCUAACCUCUCGAUAAAUGUGCUUCCCUGUGUAAACCUUUUUACAAACCUAGCUGGUCAUGCCAACGUUUCAAGUAAUAAGCAUGCCUGUGCAAAACGUUCCACAAACCUACCUGGUUGUGCAAACCUUUCAAGUAAUGGGUGGCUUGCCUGUACACAUUUUUCCACAAAUCAACCUGGUCGUGGCAACGUUUUAAGUAUUAGACUUGUCUGUAGAAAUUUCUCAACGAAUCUACCUGGUCGUGCUAACGUUUUGUGUAACCAACCUGUCUGCGUCAUCUAUUCUGCCAGUCGGAACUCGUGUGUUAAUUAUUCGACUGAUCGAUCGGAGAGUGUAGAGAAGCGGCUGAAGAAACUGAUGGACAUGUGGGAGGUGGAGAAGGCCGUGCGGCUGGUGAACGACUCCGUCAGUGAAGGCAUCAUCCCUCACCAGAACAUCGUCCUCAACCUGCUGCAGCAGCUGGCCCAUCUGGGCGAGUACGAGUCGCUGCUCGAGCUGCACACCUUCCUGCUCGACCACAAACUCUGCACGGACGCCGCCUUCUUCCAGUGUCUGCAGGAGGCGUACCACAACAGUGGCAGGGUGGACGAGGGGGUGCUCGUCCUCAGACUCAUCUACCACAGAACGAGGAGGUACCAGGACGUGGACGUCUUCUUCACUCUCCUCACGGUCAUGGUGCUGCGUCACUUCCCCGACAGGCUGGCGCUGAUCAAGGAAUUCGUACAGGACCUGAAGGAUGCUAAAAAGCCACAGCUGCUACCCGAGGCAGGGCUGUGGAAGUGCCUCAUGCUGACGGAGAGGUUUGACGAGGCCGAGGAACUGCUGGAGAACAGCGAGGAGAUUCGGCCGCUCAUUCCGCAGAUGGUGGCCGACAUCUGCUCCAGGAAGAACCAGGUCGACUGUGACUACAACGUCGUGUUGCCCAAACUUCUGGAUGUGCCCAAUUUGAAACAGAAACUGAGAGUGCUCGUUCUGGAGUCUUAUGCACACAGCCUAUGUCAGUCGGGCAAGUUGGACGAGUGUUUACAAGUUCUGACGAUGGCAAGAUCACAGGGGAUCCCUCUUCAUCCAGACAAAAUCCGACAUCUACUCCGGGAAAUAAGCAAACAAUCACCAUCUGAACAUGUGCAGUCUCUCAUGCAGGAGUUGACAACAUGGCUUGACACACGUGAAUGAUGUUACCAAACAUUUUCAACAUAUAUACCAACACUGUAUUAAAUAUUUCAUGAAACAGAUUUUUAACAUCAUACGACCAUGUAGAAUAGCCAUUCGUCUUCUUUGAGCUAUGCCUUUAAAUCUGACCAUACAUGGCGAAUAGCUACACUGUAUAUAAUAAUGGUCAUUCCAGGUAUCUAGAGCAGAGGUGUCACCCCACCCCCUUUCAGAAAAAUAAACAAAAGUACCCUCAUUAGUGUUUAUGUAACAGAAAAAUCAACCUCCACAGGUUCUUUUUGUCUAACUGAAUACCUUAUAUUAUUGGGGGCAGGACGUAGCUCAGUGGUACAGCGCUCGCCUGAUGCGCGAUCAAUGUGGGAUCGAUUCCCAUUGGUGGGCCCAUUGGGCUAUUUCUUGUUCCAGCCAGUGC